AUCCAUCAUUCUCGGAGGCCGGUCUAUUGUCGCUGUCGACUUUUCUGGAACCCGAUAAGCAGAUAAGACACUCGACCUAUAUCAAAGCAGACACGCAUCCAGCCUAGCGUACUGCUUUGCCAUGCAGCUAAAUAGCUCGCAAUCGCACCUCUCUGAUUGUGCUGAGUGAGAUGAAGUGAUCUCCUCUCGCCCAACCCACUCUCACUCCUCUCCUGCCUGAGGGUGCUCCGGAGUGUGUGUGCUCAAUUGUCUGUGUUUUCCGAAUCAGUUGGGGCUGUCCAACUUCUCUUUCAAGAUGACAACCAAUUUACUCGGCGCAGAUGAGGCACUGGAGACGAGUUUACUCUUGCCAGGCCCUCGUGAGCAGUCAUUUCAAAAUAAAACCACGCCCAGAAGAUCGAAAUGGAUUCUCCUAUUUGUGUGCCUCAUCAUCGUUACUCUGGACUUUGGCGUUUAUCUUGCUGUCGCGCCGCAGCUGCAGAUAUAUGAGAACAUUAUCUGCCAGCGCAUGCACCCCGAAUUAUUCGCCAGCGCUUUCGGUGGACUGACAGCAACCACCCAACCGCUCUGCAAGUCAACUGACGUGCAAGGCAAGCUCGCUCUGCUGGUAGGCUGGCAGGAUACCUUCACUCAGCUUCCCGGAAUGAUCCUAGCUAUCCCAUUCGGUCUCAUGGCAGAUCAGGUCGGACGCAAACCUGUCAUCAUCAUCAGCCUUGCGGGUUUCCUCAUGCAGGAAUGCGCUAUUCGUUUCAUCUGCUGGAAUCAUACAAGCAUCCCACUUGAAGCAGUGUGGUUUGCACCACUGUUCCAGGUAUUUGGGGGUGGUAGCCAAAUCGCUAGCUCCGUUGCCUGGACCGUCAUUGCAGACGUCUUCCCAGUUGACCAAAGGGCAAAUGCGUAUCUUCUCAUGGCUGCAGCGAUGUUGCUUUCCCAGAUCCUCGCAGCCCCUCUCAGCGCUUGGCUGAUGUCCAAAGAUGUGUGGAUGCCAUCGUUGUUAGGAUUAGCGAUUGAGGUGUGCGGAAUCAUCCCUAUUUUCGCCUUACCAGAAACUGGACCGAAAGCAUCCAUCGGAUCGAACGAAGAUAUUGAGAGCGAAGCACAAGGACAAGCCAGCGAGCAUCCUACCGUGAGAUGGACGGCCAUUGUGCACUUGGUCCGAUCUCAGCUAAUCGAAGUGGUUGGGUUUGUCUGGGGCAACGCCAACACUUUAGCGAUCUUUUUCGCUUUCUUGACAUCUAGCAUUGGAAGCCAGGCACUUCAGUUCGUGCUGCAGUAUGCCUCCAAGCGUUUCAUGUGGAGUGUGGCCGAGGCUACAUUCCUCAUCAGCCUCAAAGGCGUAGUCAACCUUGUCGCCUUCAUUAUCAUACUGCCUCUGAUCUCCAGAAUACUUGGAGGUUAUCUCUCUCCGAUAAGGAGAGAUCUCCGAAUCACACACGGCAGUAUCUGUGUACUGAUGGCAGGAUUCGGUAUAAUGUCGGUAGCUGCUCAUCCAGCCCUUUUCGGCAUAGGUUUGUCUUUCUCGGCCCUCGGGUGGGGUUUCUACACGACACUUCGUAGUGUUGGAAGCGCCUUGGUGGCAGAAACCCAUGUCGGGCUCUUCAACACAACAAUUGCACUGGCUGAGGCCGUGGGGUCUAUGAUAGCUGGACCGCUUUUAGCAGCUCUUCUCAAAGCAGGAAUGGCGUGGGAGGGCGCAUGGAUGGGUUUGCCAUGGAUGGUUGCAACUGGUCUGUACCUGCUGGCCGGGUUAGCAGUCUCUUGCAUUCGUACUUCAGCCCACUAGAAUCUUGGUUAUACUUCAUUUAAUGCUUGCGCAUGAUGCAGAGAGUCCAGUCCCCCACUGCUUGCCGUCGUUGCUGUCCAGUGACAAGAGUGGCCCCUCUAAGUUAAUCACGGACUGCAUUGCUCCCCAACGGGCUGUAUCAAAUGGCGAUGACUUCUCUUUAAAUCGGGCGCCUUCUCUUUCGAUGGCAGCUUAUCCCUGCUGAUUGC